AGUUGAGCCAUUACGCACCGGCACAACACAGAGACCUCAGCAAAAUACUCAACUGUAAACAUUGCUUAUUACAUUUUAUUCUUGUUACAGUGCGGGGCUGGUGUAAAAUAAGUUAAAAAUGUAUAUAAUGUAAGAGUAAAUAUUAUUUUGGAGCUUAUACGACGCAACUUUCGUGUUAAAUUAUCACACAAUGGUUCUGAAAUGGCACGAGUCCAAACAGGCCUAAAAUGUGAUUGCCACGUUUUGUUGGACUGUGAACUAUUGAUUAAACUUUCCAAAAAAAGAGAUACCAAAAAAAAAACCUGAUAAAGUGAUAAGUAAAGGCCGUGUGCAGGUCACCUUGGCGUCUCCCGCCCGGUAAACCUCUGUACCGGGGCCAUGUUGUGUGGUCAGCACGACCCGGCGCGUGCUGCUCUAAAGAUGCUGCGCUGUGGUCUAUGCCCCGAGCUCACGUAAAAAAAAAAAAAAAAAAACUCCUAAUAUCUACGUAAAGAAAUCGGACCACCGGCUUGUCCCCUCCUCCUGCUCCCCCGCUGCGCCUCGCCUCUCAUAUAUGUGUCCUCCCUCCUUCCUCUUCCUCCCUCCUCUUCCUCUCACCCCCCUCCUCCUCUUCGCCUUAAUCUCGCGGAUUGUCGGCGCGCUUGGUGCAGUCACUGGUGCAGUUCUGAGCCGGGGGAACACGCUGGCUCAAUGAGAAAGACAUGCUGGCAUUCGUUUUGGUCUCUGGAUCGCUCUGGAUUUUAUUAGAGUUGAGUUCGACGCUGAUGGAGAAGAUGCAGGCUCAGGAGCUGAUGACUGGCCUGAGGGUCCCGGAGAUGCAGGACUUGGGGCAGUUGUUCCGGUCUCUGCCCCCCUCGGCCCUGGUGGGGAUCGGGGCCCUCGCAGCCGUCCUGGCCUACUGGUUCGCCACGAGACCCCGGCCCAUCAAAGCCCCCUGCAGCCUCCAGCACCAGUCCGAGGAGGUGCCGAAUGAAGGAGGGGGGAGGAGGUCCAUGAUGGGAGACCCGACCAAGCUGCUGACCCAUUACCAUGACGACGCCCGCACGCUUUAUGAAGUGUUCCAGAGGGGCCUCAACAUCACCGGUGAGGGGCCCUGCCUCGGCUCCCGUCUGCCCAACCAGCCUUACAAAUGGUUAUCCUACAAAGAGGUGAACGCGAGGGCGGAGCAUCUGGGAUCCGGGCUCCUGCACCAGGGCUGCCAACCCAACCCCAACCAGUUCAUCGGAGUGUUUGCCCAGAACCGCCCCGAGGUAAACCCAAACCUGUAGUCUUCUGUAAAGUGACAGCGGUGGAGAUGGAAGCGAUCGUCUCAUAAAAUGACACAGCAAAAAGUCAUUAUAGGAUAUUGUUCACAGUGUUGGGAAGUUUAUUUUUAAAAUGUAAUCCCCUACAGAUUACAGAUUACACACCCCAAAAUGUAGUUUGUGAC